UUACUUGAUGGCGCUACCGCCUGGUCAACUGUCACAGGAACGUCGUGAGCAAUUUUCAACCACAUAACCUUACCUAGAAUCAGGGUUUUGUGUUGAUGUAUUCCAUAAAUUCCUAGUGCUUUUUCAAUCAUACUGAAUUUGAUAAGAUUUUAAUGAAAAUAUGGGAUCUCCGAUGGAUACCCCGGGUUCUCAAGCCCUGGAAGCAGCGAGAAACAUUAAGGAUUUAGCUGUUUUCAAGAAACCAAUUGGUGUAGCAAAAAGGAGUAAGGGUUUCAAGGGAAAGAUCUUGGACGAGGAUACUUACAUCGCAAAAAUGGCUGAGAUUAUACAGAGAGAUUUUUUCCCGGACUUGGAAAAGCUGCAUGCCCAGAAUGAUUAUUUGGACGCAUUGGAACACAAUAACAUAAAAAGGAUGCGUGAGUUGUAUGAAAAGUAUAGCUCCGGUAGACCAAUCGUAGAGAGACCCGUUAGCCCUGCUACUUUUGAGACACCCUUACGAAGUGGUGAAACAGAGGAAUCAGUCCCUACUACACCCAAAUCUCCAGAAAUAGAUGUAACCACCAAUGAGGUUGAAACUGACAACAAAUUAGGACUCGAUGCAUAUUUAUCUUCACAUACAAGCGAGGACAAUGCUAGUUUUGAAGAAAUGAUGGUAGAUGCAGAAAAAAAACAUAGACUGAAGUAUUCCUGGCUGUAUGACGUUGAAGAAAAAUCAAAGGCUUUGGCUAUCGAGAGAAAUAAAACUGCUGUGAUGUCUUUAGAAGGACCUUAUGAAAAACCAAAAGAACUCGAUGGCUGGAGUUACACCAAUAAAAAUUAUAUCAUGUAUGUACCCGAUGGCGUGGAGCUUACUGCUGAGGAAAUGAUAAACUUGGCCAAACGGAAACAAGAGGUUGUACAUGAUAACACGAGACUGCGAGCAAAUCCCUUCAAUGAGCAACAGAAUAAAGAAACCAUCAAUGAGCUAGCAAAAACUCAGUCUAAAGUCAAUGAUGGAAAGAUCGGCGUCGAUGGAAAAGAAGUCAUUCGAAAUCCAACUCCUAGAGUAAAUGGUUUCAGUUUUGUUGCCACACCUAGUCCCAGACCUGGUGAAUGCGACAGCCCUCUAAUGACUUGGGGGCAAAUCGAAGGCACCCCUUUCAGAUUGGAUGGAGGAGAUACUCCACUCUUGAGAACCAGCCAAGGUCCAGCUUUUAGAAUGGCUGAACCUCCUAAAAGAGAGAAAAUCGCACUACAACUAGCAGAAAAAGCUGGCGAGAGGCACAGAGACCGAAAAAGCAAAGCUUUAGAAGCUGCCAGAAGAUCAUUAGCUAGUCCAUCACCAAGACCGUUAUCUGCCAUGGAUCGUUUGAGCACAAUGUCGCCAGCGGCUAGAAGAUUAGCAACCCAAAAGCUGCGCCUAUCCACAACCCCUACCCCAAGAAGAAUUCGACAAGCAAGAACGCCGUCAAUAGGUGUAAGGACACCUCAUACACCGAGAUUCAAUACUCCUGGUUCAAAGAGUCAAGAGUCUGACGGAGACCAAGCCCCAAUGUCCGAAGGACCUGUGCUUACCGAUAAUCUGCUUAAUCUACCGACUCAAAGGCAGAGAGCUGCUGAUUAUUUCUAAUAAGCUACGAUGUAAUUAUGAAAAGAUAUUUAUAAGUCUGUAUAAAGUGUGCAAAAGCUCUGAAUAUUUAGUUCAGCUUCACCAGGUUGAUGAUACGUUUCAGAAUAUUAUGUGUGUUUUUUAUUAUAUAUUUAUCUACAGUUACUCUCAUAAGGUCAUAGUUUGUAGAAAAUUUGAGUAUGGUUUAAUUAAUAAUUAUAUUAUUUUCGCGAUUAUUCUACUUUAAGUUUGCAAAAAGUAUCUGAUUUUGAAUAAUAAUAGUUUUGUUAGAAUUCUAUGGGAUGAUUUCAUGAAGUAAGUUGGUAGAUACUAAGGUACUGUACAUAUAGACGGCGAACAGCACAGACACAGCGUUGUUAAAACGAUAUGGAAAUGUCUUCAUGCGAAAUGGUCUGACCCUUCAGAGUCAUAAAUAAAAAAAGUUCUUACCGUC